GCAAAAUUAGCUCGAUACUUCAGACGGAGCGAGACAGGGCUGGAGACAGACAGACAGAGAGAGAGAGAGAGAGGUACUGGAGGGAGAAAGUGAGGACAGAAAACGAUGAGAGAUCAUGAGGGGCCACAGAAAUGCAGCAGAAAUGCUGAAGCAGUUUGAGUGUGCUUGAGAGAGAAAGCAGAAAAAAAGCAAAAAGGGGGAGUUAGAAAGCGGUAGAAAAAAGUGGAGAGAAGAAAGAAGGGGAGUACAGCCAACUGGCAUAGUUUGAGUUAUUCGCCUCGGCUCUAAAAGUCUCAGGCUGCCCAGACUCCAACCCACACGGACUGAGGUCCUCUUUGCUCUCUCUACAACUGCAACAUAAAAGUCUGUAAAAAGGAGAGUACAGCACCAUUAAGAACCAUUGUUUUGUCCUACUGUGGAUUUUGGUAUCGGUUCAUCUUCCUUGAUGCUUUACAGCACUGGCUCAAUUCUGUUAGUAUCUAACAUUAAGAGCCAGACCUACAGUACAAUGGGCCUGCAGAAUGGAGCAUGAUAUUGACUUCUACAAACAUUUUGCCUGGCUUAGGAAGGUUAACCUCCAAUCGUCUGGCAACAGUGAGUCCUACCAGGAGCGGUUAUCACGACUGGAGGGAGACAAAGAGUCACUAAUUCUGCAGGUGAGCGUGCUGACAGACCAGGUGGAAGCUCAGUGGGCCAAGAUCAGCGACCUACAGAGUUCUCUGGUGGAGCAUCAGCAGAAACUCAACUCCACAGAGGAGAUGCUUCAGCAGGAGCUCCUGCAUAGGACGUCGCUGGAGAACCAGAAGCUGAAUCUUAUGGGGGAGGUGUCCUACCUGAAACUGAAGCUGGCAGACAUGGAGGGUAAACAGAGCCAUGGGGCUGAAAGGCAACACAAAGCAGAGACUGUAGUGAAUUUCAUUAGCGAGCUGCAGGAGCAGAUGUGCAGGUUUCAGAAGGAGAUCAAUAGCAAGAUACAGGAGAAAAAGGCCUUGGAGUUGGAGAUCCCGGCCGACGGCAGCUCUCCGGUGGCGUGCCCCACUGAGUCCACUAAGGGCGAGGGCUCAAACCCAGGGCCGUCCUGUGACAGAACCUCAGAAGAGGUUCCAGAUGGGCCCGAUGGGGACACGCACAGCCUGGAAGAGAGUAGCUCAGACGCAGAGCAGCAGUACCACUGCGAAGAAGAAAGUGGCUUAUUUAAAGAGCUCAGGAUUCUCAAGGACAAAGUGGAGCACCUGGAGGAUCAGAAGAUGCAGUAUGAGAAGAAACUCAAAGCAACGAAGGCCGAGAUCAGCAGCCUUCAGCAGCUUCUGCUCAGUAAGAACGCCGAGAUCGAGAGCUUGCACACUCAACUGCUGGCCAGACCUUCUCUAUCCCCCGAGAGCCCCGAGAGAGAGGAGAUAUACAGGAAGAGGCUAAACACCAACUAUCAGGAGCUUCAGAGGCUCAGGAGUGGAAUGAAAUCACUGGUCGCUGCCAAUGAUGAAAAGGACCGACGCAUUGAAGAGCUCACUCUGCUGCUGAAUCAGUGCAGGCAAUUCAGAGAGGUCACCCACGCCACGAGGCAAGCUCCAUCUGCUGUCCGCUCAUUGUCAAAUGGCAGGACUCCGUCAAGCAGCAGUGAGGAAGAAGAGCAUGCACUGAUGAAGAAUACCGACUCUGCCAGCGCAAAAUCUGUGGACGUAAAGUCUGAAGUUUCCACAAGCAGUUCUUCCUCCCAACACACAUCUGUUUCAUCAGCCCAGAAGGACAGUGAUUCCAGAACAGAACCAUCAACUUUAUCAAGUAGCAUGAAUGACCUAACAAAUGGACCUUUACAGAAGAGUGGUCUGGAUGACAGCAGAAGUCAGACGCUGCCGGUGAAUUCCUCUUUGUCAGAGCAGAAUAGCAGCGGAGACAGCAGCAGUGAAAUCCAGAGUCAAAGGUCUCCAGAUGGGAGUGAAGACGGAGACUCCAGCCAAAGAAAGUUGGAGAAAGUUGAUGACAGCACUUCAGGUGAUAAUUCCCCCGUUCAUUCUGGAGCAAACACAGAGGCCGGCCAACGAGCUUUGGGCUCACCAGAAUACCUGAAGAAUAACAGGAGCUUUAAGAGACUCUGGGGAAAACUGAGAAGAACCCAGUCUGGAGGGCUCCAGGCAGCGGAUCCAGAUGGCAGUCAGUUUAGAAGAGGGGGACUGCGUGCGACAGCAGGACCCAGACUGACCAGGACCCCCGAAUCUUAUGACCCUGCACGUGAUAUGAACAUCCCAUUCAGCCAGUGGACCAAGGAGCAGGUAUGUGGCUGGCUAGAGGACUAUGGACUGGGCCAGUAUGUCAAUCUCACCAGGCAGUGGGUUGAAAAUGGACAGACGCUGUUGUCUGCCACACCUCAGGAUUUUGAGAAGGAGAUGGGUAUGAAGAAUCCACUGCACAGGAAGAAGCUGCAGCUCGCUCUGAAGGCGUUCGUCACUAAGGUUGUAGAGAAAUCGUCAGAGCUGGACUACAUCUGGGUCACCCGCUGGUUGGAUGAUAUUGGUUUGCCUCAGUAUAAAGACCACUUCCAUGAAGCCCGAGUGGAUGGUCGAAUGAUACAAUACCUCACAGUGAAUGACCUCUUGACUCUGAAGGUCACCAGCCAACUUCAUCAUCUCAGUAUUAAAUGUGCCAUCCAUGUCCUUCAUGCCAACAAGUUCAACCCCAACUGUCUUCGCCGUAGGCCAGGGGAAGAGAAACAGCCCUCUCCCUCAGAGGUGGUGCAGUGGUCUAACCACCGUGUGAUGGAGUGGCUGAGAGCAGUGGAUCUAGCUGAGUUCGCUCCUAAUCUACGGGGCAGCGGCGUUCAUGGCGGGCUGAUUAUCCUGGAGCCUCGCUUCAGCGCAGAGACUUUGGCCCUGCUGUUGAAUAUUCCUCCACAGAAGACGUUGCUCCGCCGCCACCUCGCCACAGCCUUCUCCACCCUGGUAGGGCAUCAGGCCACGCAGGAGAAGCGAGAGUAUGGCAACGCCACAGGCCAUGUGCCCCUCACUACCACUGCUAAAGUAAAGCCAAAGAAACUGGGCUUCACCCAAUUCAGUCACCUCAGAAAGAGGAAACCUGAUGAAUCUGCAGACUACAUCUGCCCAAUAGACAGUGGAGCGCUGACAGUGAAUGGGGUUUCUCGGCUGCCCUCUGCAGCACUGAGGGGCCUCAGCCCCAGCUUGGACAGACAGGCUGAGAGGCCGGAGCAGGUGGGGAUGAAAGCUCAGGCUAACAGCCCAAAACAAUAAUUUAAAAUACAGCACACUCCCCUCUCUCACUAACUAAGUGACUUUGUAAAUCGGUGGAAAUUCUGAUGCAGAAAUUUGCCCGAGAUGAAUCCAUGUGCUGUCUUGCUGGAUGGGCUGCAAACACGCUGUGUUAAGCAGGUGAUGUUAAUUGUUGUUAAUGUAUUUUUAUCCAGAUGUUGCUGAAGCAAUAUUCAUCUAAAAUGGUGAUGAAUGGUGACAUUGUGUGAAUUGUUUUAUGAAAGCUGCUCUCUGCAUUCCUUAUACAGUUGGAUUCCAAAGCUUAUACUUUUGCUUUAAAACAAUGCAUUUUACUGACCAUUUUAUAUCUAAACGUCUGCAGACUUAGUUAGAAUAUUGACGACCUUUUCUUGUUAUAUAUCCGGAUUGACUGCACAGUUGACACCAGUUACUUUAAGAUUGUCAGUCAUACAGAAGAUGAAUGAGACAAAGAAAAAUCCCAAAUUAAAUAAUUUUAUUUCUCGACGGUACACUUACUCUUCUGCACCUUCUAAUUAAGUUUGUUUGUGUCGGAUUCUUCUACUCAAAUGGUGCCUUGUUUCAUAAGAUCAUUGUGAAUAUGCAGUAAUAUAAUAAACAUCAGGUCAACAGUUA